AUGUCUGCGACAGAAACCAUGACGGCGUCGCGUCCCAACACCGACGCCGCGUCGUCGACGACGGCGCCCUCGAAGCCGGCCAUCAAGCCGCACCUCAUGACUUCCACCUGGCACCUCCAGGACCCGUCCACCUGGAACUUCUGGCAGCGCAUGCUCGUCCGCCUCGACCUCCUCCAGCAGCCCAAGGACGCACCAAAGGCCCCCAUCCGCGUCGGCGAAAAGGUCCCCUACUACCCGGCCUGGCGCCAGCACGCCUGGAUCUUCCCGCGCGCCGCCGCCCCGCUCGUCAUCCACUACGCCUACAUGCGCCUCACCGGAUGGACGCUCCACCCCGUAGCCGCCUUCUUCUUCUACGUCAUCUCCUUCAAGCUCUUUGCCGUCGCGUCCGUACGCAAGUUCAACCGCAUGGCCCUCCGCUACGGAUACUUUGACGGCAUGGCCCCCAGAGACGGCGUGCCCGACACCCAGUCCCGAAAGGUCGUCCUCUCGCUCCUCGGCACCAUCUCGAUCCGCCCUCUCUUCGCCCUCUGCGUCGCGUACGACCGCCACGCCCUGCCUUCCCUCAGCUGGUACUUCCCCCUUCAGCUCUUCCUCUACGCCUGCAUCCUCGACUUCUUCUUUUAUUGGUACCACAGAGCCACUCACGAGGUAUCAUGGGCAUGGCGGUACCACAAGAAGCAUCACAUGACGAAGCAUCCCAAUCCGCUGCUUUCCGCUUUCGCCGACGAGGAGCAAGAGUGGGGUGACAUUCUCAUCAUCCCGUUCCUGACCUGGCUCUGCAUGCCGGUCGACUUCAGCACGUGGUGGAUGUGUACCACUUACAUUUUGUGGGUUGAGGCCUUAGGCCAUGGGGGUGUGCGCAUGUACUGGCCGACGACGACGACGGGCUCCAUCUUGCGCCCGCUCGGUAUGGACCUUUGCCUCGAAGAUCAUGACAACCACCACAGGCAUGGUUGGAAAAGGAGCGGAAACUAUGGAAAGCAGACCAGGCUUUGGGAUACGCUGUUCGGGACGAAGCUGCCGCGCGACGAGUGUCGUGAGGACAAUAUCGACUGGUCGUACCAGGCGUACUGA